GUUUCCUAUCUUACUGCUGCUGCAAUUUAGUUAUCCUUAUUCGAAAAUCAAAAAAAAAAAAAAAUCGUUCCUAUAUUGCUGCAUAAACUUUUCGUCACAAAGUUUUCAUCUCUACGACGAAAGAUACAUUGCAGAAUUCCAACCGCAUAGCACCAUCUGUUUGAUCUUGCUACUGUGCUUUUUCUAUCCAAAUUUCUACGAAAUUUUUAUGACAUCUUUGACACUUCCUAACAGUGUAUUUCCCUUUGGUUUCAUCAAAAAAUUCUCAAUAUAAACUACUGAUCUUUUAUGUCCAAUCUGCUGCACUUGAAUUGCAGAAUUCAAGCCGCAUAGCACCAUCUGUUUGAUCUUGCUACUGUGCUUUUUCUAUCCAAAUUUCUACGAAAUUUUUAUGACAUCUUUGACACUUCCUAACAGUAGAUUUCCCUUUGGUUUCAUUGAAAAAUUCUUAAUAUAAACUACUGAUAUUUUAUGUCCAAUCUGCUGCACUUGAAAAUCUAUGCUGCAGAAAAUUUCAGCUGCAUAUCGUUGCCUUAACCCAUCUAUUUGCAAUCUUUUUUGAAUGAAAUUUCUUAUACACUUCAUAUAUCAUCAUGGCUUCCAUCUAAGAUUGAUCUAUUAAGAAAUUCAUCUCUAAAAAUGAUUUUAUGUUACUGCAAAUUUUCAUCGUAGCCUGCUGAAAUUUUUCAACGAUAAUUCUGCAAUUGCAACUUGCACCAAUUUCCUUGCUGUUAUACUGCCGAAAUUUUCUUGAUUAAAUUAGAUAUCCUUGCUGUCAUAUAAACUGUGAUUUUGCUAUCAAUUCCCUCCUCAAUUCUCUCAAGUUUUUGGUGGAAAUUACGUCGAGAAACUGUUGUUUCUUCGACGACAAUUCUACUCUUACAAGACAGCACAUACUUGCUGCAACUUUUACGGAUUUCUGUCAAACCUUUGCUACCAUCUACCACAGAUCCAAAACUUUCAUCCACAGCCCUAAAACUCUACCAAACCACACCCUCAAACUGCACCCAAAACAGCCACAAAACAAGCCUAAACCGCAGCCUACAUCCACCAAUCCACCAACACUUUCGACUAUCACUUCUCUCAACCUAUACAUGCCUUUAACCCAACAGCAAAAGAGAGAUCUUAACAUCAUUGAUUUGGGGCCAUAUACUAUGGCAUCUAAGGAGGCAAUCAAUGCUAAAUUCGAAGCCUUGGAGGCGCGAAUGGAGGAUAAGAUUCGGACGCUCUUUAUCGAACUCAGAUUGGGUCGACCACUAAGCCCGAAGAAAUCAUAUCAAGGAGAGAGCUUUGCCCAAUCACACCAAGCCCGAAGAGAUGACUUCCAAGGGAGGGUAGGCUCUAUGACCAACCCCAACUAUCCAUGCAUGAGAGUGGACUUCCCUAGAUGGGAAGAAGGAGACCCGAUUGGUUGGAUCUCGCGCGCGGAGCGAUAUUUUCGGUACCACAAAACCGCGGAUGUAUCUAUGGUGAAAAUUGCAGCUAUACAUCUUGAAGGGGAUGCUAUACAGUGGUUUGACUGGUUUGAACAUACUUAUGGAGUCCUUUCAUGGCGUCAAUUCAAAGAAGGACUGCUGAUUCACUUCAGACCAACCGAUUAUGAGAAUAUUGACGAACAACUAGCAAAGAUCCAACAAACCUCCACCAUUCAGGAGUACCAAACCAGGUUUGAAAGGUUAUCUAAUCAAACUCGUGAUUGGUCUCAAAAACAGCUAUUGAGGACCUUCAUUGAGGGCUUGAAGCCGGAGAUCCGAGGAGAAGUUAAAGCGCGACAACCGUAUACGCUUAUGGCAGCCAUCUCUUUCGCACAACAUCAAGAGGAGCAAUUGAACCAUGAAGCUCGGAGGACUAGGGUCGCUCCUCAACCAAUAAUAUUGAAGCCCUCAGCCCCCCCUAUUAUUGACCAAGUCCCUACACCAAAGAGGUUAACAAGAGAAGAGCUUCGGGAGCGAUAUGCGAAGGGGUUAUGUUGGCAUUGUGAUGAGCCGUGGAGCCAUGAGCAUCGUUGUAGUAAAGGGGGACUUCUUAUGAUAGAACCGAUAGAAGAAGAGGUCAUUGAACAUCCAAAAGAGAUCCUUGAACAUGAAGAAGAAGAUGCAGAAGAAGAGCCACAACCGACCGAAGUUACGGUACAUACACUAGCUGGCUACUCAAACCCGCAAACGAUGAAAGUUGGAGGCCUUCUCAAACAACAACCGAUCACUGUUCUCAUCGACACGGGAAGCACUAAAAACUUCGUACACAGUAAGGUUGCUGUCCAUAUGAACUUACCUAUUGAGAAUUGCAGCAGGUUUGUCAUUAAGGUCGCCAACGGAUGGAUUUUGAAGUAUGAUCGUAGGCGCCCGCAAGUGAAACUGUUGCUGAAGGACCAAGAGAUAAUUGCAGAUUUCUUCCUUCUCCCUCUUAACAAUCAUGAGGCCAUUAAAUGGUUGACGACAUUAGGUGAUAUUUUCUGGAAUUUUAUGAAACUAAUUAUGAAAUUUUACAGUAAGGAGAAACAGGUGACAUUGCACGGGAAACGUGGGGGCGACAUAACAACGAUUUGCAUAAAGCAUGCAGUGGCUUUUUGGUACAACUUGAGCAGCAAACUAAGGGAGAGCCAAUAGAAUUUGAAGAUCCAAAUCUACUUCCUUUGCUUGCUGAAUUUUCAAAUAUAUUUGACGAACCGUGCAACCUACCUCUUACCCGUCGGCAUGAUCAUUGUAUAACGAUUCUUCCAGGCAAAUCUUUAGUAAAUACUUGGCCAUAUCAGUAUCUACAUCUCCAGAAGGAUGAAAUAGAAAGGAUUAUAAAAGAGAUGAUCGAAACAAGAGUUAUUCGGCCGAGUUGCAACCUUUACCCUUCACCGGUGCUACUUGUACACAAGAAGGAUGGAACAUGGCGAAUAUGCGUUGAUUACCGAGCUCUCAAUGGCAUAACCAUCAAGGAUAAAUACCCUAUUCCAGUACUAGAUGAAUUGCUAUAUGAAAGGGAGCACAAAUCUUCACAAAGAUGGACCUUUGAUCCGGGUAUUAUCAAAUACGAGUGUACGAAGAAGUCAUACCGAAAACUGCCUUUCGAACACACAACGGCUACUAGAAAUUUUUACUUUCUUCAACAAAAGUUGGGAUAUCUUGGGCAUAUCAUAUCAGAGAAAGGUGUGACGGUGGACCCCUUCAAAAUUGGAGCAAUGCAAAACUGGCUGACCCCGGGAAAAAUAAAAUUGCUAUAUGGCUUUCUGGGUUUAACAGGCUACUACCGCAAGUUCGUGAAAAACUAUGGAAAGAUCAGUGCACCACUUACUUCCUUACUGAAAAAAGAUGUCCUCCAAUGGUUGGACAGAGCCUCCACGGCCUUCGACAAACUUAAGGCAGCCAUGACGACAACGCCGGUGCUAACACUACCAGAUUUCAACCGACCCUUCAUUAUUGAGGCCGACACAUCUGGAGUCAGAAUUAGAGUCAUUCUCAUGCAAGAUGGUCGAACACUCGCAUACACUAGCAAGGCAUUAUCUCCCUCAUAUAAAAAUAAGUCAACAUAUGAUAAGGAGAUGCUCGCCAUUGUGCGCGCAGCAACGCGGUGGAGACCCUACUUGAUUGGUCGACGAUUUCAAAUUAAAACCGACCAAAAAAGCCUUAAGUACUUUUUGGAGCGAAAGAUAUCAUCCCCUGAGCAGCAAAAAUGGGUAACAAAACUUCUUGGAUUUGAUUAUGAAAUAACUUACAAAAGGUGGAAAGAGAAUAUUGUUGCAGAUGAGCUUUCGCAGCUACUUGAGCAAGCUGAAUUUUUGAUCGUUUUACUUCCAACCAGCGACUUCCUUGAGGAUAUUAAGAUGGAAUGGCAGGAAGAUUCGGAGACCAGUAAGAUACAAAAAAAAUUAGAGGAAGCACCAAGCUCCGUGGCUCAUUACAAUCGGGACUCAAAAGAAUUAUGCUAUAAGGGACACAUUGUGCUUGUGACAAAUUCUACUUGCAUCUUCAAGAGCAGAUUUUGGACAAAGUUAUUCCAUAUGCAGGGUACUAAAUUGAAAAGGAGUACGACAUAUCAUUCACAAACCAACAGCCAGACGAAAGUUUUAAAUAGGUGCUUGGAGACAGCCCAAAGCCACCCACCAAAUAUGACUACCCAAAGAGAACUCCAGACCCAGCCAAGUGCCAUUAUUAAUCGACGGAUCGUGACUCGACGACGACGACCCACUAAUGAAGUGCUAAUACAGUGGGCGAACCUACCAAUAGAAGAUGCCACUUGGGAGAACUAUGACGACUUGAAGAUCAAAUUCCCAGAAUUCACGAAUCAUCAGCCUCGAGGACAAGGCUGAUUUGAAGAGGGCGGGUCUGUUAGGACUCUAGCUUGGAGAGUCCUAAUUGAGAGGGACAUUCAUGUAAAACUGUUAAGACUCUAACUAGGAGAGUCCUAAUUGAGAGGGACAUUCUGUUAGGACUCUAGCUAGGAGAGUCCUAAUUGAGAGGGGCAUUCAUGUAGGAGGUGUUUUCUUAGAGAAGAAUUAGGAGUUGUAAGGGAAUAGGAGUCUUGACUAGGAGUCCUAUUAGGAGUUGGUUAGAAGUAAGAGUCUUAAGUAGGAGUCCUAUUAGGAGUUAGGGUUUAGAAGCCCUAUAAAUAGCCAUGUAUUCCUUCUCUUUAGAUAAGCAAUAGAUGAAUAUUUUCUGCGGGAGGAACCCCUAUAGAGUUCCAAGGAGGUCGAUCCCCUAAAGAGAUCAACCCCAAGUUUAGAAUCUUCAAGGGUUCUAACACAAGAAAGUACAGAUCAGGAGCCAUAAGACGCUACCCACGGCGGCCAAGGCCGGGUCGACCUCGGACGAUGAGCCCCUGCACUCACCUGAUCCAGAAGGUGCAGGGAAGAAGGGAACCAUGCUCGGUGCGGUCUCCUGGAUCGUCGGAACCAGCAUCGGUUCUGGAAUACUUGCUCUACUAGAAAAAACUUCUCCUGCGGGAUUCAUUCCAAGUGCGAUAUCCAUAAUCCUGUGAUGGGUGGUCCUGGUGAUCGAAGCCCUUUUGCUAGCCGAAGUAAACAUUGAGUUGAGGAAGCAGGGGAUGACUUGGAAGUUGUGUCCCUCAGAACAAUGGCUCAGGAGACACUGGGCGUCUGGGGAGGGAACUUGGCCACUGUCGCCUACCUCUUCUUGCGCUACACUUGUGUGGUGGCCUACACCUCCAAGUCAGGGGAAGUUCUCUCUCACUUGAUCGGCCUUCCUGCUUCCACCUUGGGCAACCUCUUCACGCUCCUCGUGGCACUGCUCAUACUGGUCGGUGGCAUGACCAUCACAGACCAAGUGAAUCAAUGGCUGACCGUCACAAUGAUAGGUUUACUGGUACUGAUCGAGGCCAUGUCUGUCUCCUUUGGUGGUGGGACGGUCUCAGUAACCUCCUCAGAUUGGGCGAAGGCGCCACAGACCACCUGUCAUCUGUGCAUAUCUCGGUGGCAAUCUAGCACGGGUGAGGUUCUCAAUUCUUUUAGGCAGCACCGUGCCAUUGAUCUCUUUACUGGUGUGGGAAAAGUAUCGCACUAGGAAUCUCCUCCAAUUUGGAUGCCACUGAUCCCAUGCUAUUGAUUGCUCAUAAGCAUAAGGUGGAGCAGCAUGUUGCCGAUGGUGGAAACAUUCUCAAUUCUAGCAGUCGGGACAUCACUAAUUGGCACUCUCCUUGGCUUCUCUCUGUUCUUCGUAGAACAACUCAGCAGCUUCCAUGCUUCUGUACAAGAAGAACCAAAGAGCAGCGAUGAUGGUACAGGAGAUGCCACAGAAGACUGUGAAGCAACAAAAUGGUGGGAGAGCAGCAAGCUGAAUAUUUCGGCAAUUUCCAUAGUGAUUUUUCCGUCGAUUCUCGUUUCAACAGUUGUAUCAGAUGCAUUUUCCAUAGCAACAGGGUGGUUACUGCAUGAUGGUACUGUAUGGGAUUCUUCCACCUGCAAUGGCCUGGGCGAGAAGUUCCUAAGAUAAGGACGAGGACAAAGACGAGCAAGUUGAUGGUCUUCGAGAAGGAGCGUCUUAUUGGUGUUGCCUUAGGGACCGCCUUCACGGCUUCGAUCCUUUUCCAGAACCGCAGGGCCAUACACUGACAACAGAUUCGUUUAGUAUGAGGACUUGCGUGUUAUGGAAUUUUGGGAGAUAUGUUGGACAAACUCUUGGGCACCAUGCAUUUGAAUUCCAAGACAUGUAUUGUGCAAGGCUGUAAAUUCUAUAUGCCCAAAGAGCACAUGAUUGCAAAGAAUAGCUCCUAUAAAUUUGCCCGAAUUUGGAACAAAGCUGUAGAUGGGACAUCGGGGCCACUGAUCAUAUAUCCAGCUCACGUGGAUGGUUGCGAGUUCAGUAGACAGUUUAUCCAAAUGCAACAAAGAUGCAGUUGCUUCUUUCUGUGUGGUAUAUGCUUUUUAAUGUUAAAGCCCUAAAUUUUCUAUUUUGAUUGUUGUUUCUGAAAUUAUUGUAUUUCGACUUUGUGCUGUGUAUUGUUGUCGUAAACAAAACUUGAGUUUGUACCCCAAGUUAGGUGUACAACACAUUUUAAUUGCCGAUCUAAUGAUCCUUACUGAUCAAUUUACUUCAUUUUUCUUUCAUA